AUGCCUUCUCACCCUCAGGAUGAUAGUAGCCAAUAUUCAUACCAGGAUUCUGCAUCCUACACUGGCAAGCAGGAAGAGGAAUCCGUGGUCAACGAAGGUGACACCAUUCGCGAUCACUUGUUGGAGGCAGUAUCUGGUCUAUCAGAAUUAGAAUUCAAAUUUGUUGCUGAGUCUCUCAAUCAAUUGGGAGAAAUAAUACGUCACAGUGUUCCUCCAUACACCAAAGGUACACUUGAAACUCUUCCUCAACGAAAAAGCAAAUGGGUCUCACAGACAAGGUGGAGGGGCUUAGACUAUGGUGAGGUCUAUUUCUGGGAGACGGAGGAGGACAAAAAGGAAGAAAUCAUUGAGCAGGUGAAUACAACAGUGAAACAAGCUAGAAGGUUUGUGCAUCACUACACUAGGAGUCCUGGCGAUGGUUACAAGUCUCAAGCCGAAGCAGAGGACGCUUAUACAGCCCGCUGCAAUAGUGACGCCUUAGAGCACCAAGAAGAGGAGAGAGAAGAGGAAGAGGAUGAAUGGCAUGAUUGUAAGAGUGAGAUAGAGAAAAUCAAUCAAUCCGGAGGUUGUAAGGGGUCACCUAUGAAAAUGUCAUUUGCAACUGUUUAUAAAAGAAAAUUCCUCAUGAUUGAAUUCUCCGACUCUACGACCAUACCGUCCGAUUGUCUUAGUGAUCGGAAGAGCGAUGAAACUCCCAUUUUUCACACGGAAGAAGAAUCAACCGACUCGGUACGCUCUUAUCUCUCAGAUAGAGUGGAAUCUUUAUCCCGUCUAGAAUUUAGACUCACUGCUGAUUUUCUACGCUUCUUCAGAGGAAAUUCUUUCCCUAUUUAUGAACCCGACGAGCUCGAGGAGACAAAAGGACGUUCAUCAUGGAUCUCCCAAAUCAGAGAGGCGGGGGAAGUAUUAGGUGAUGUGGACGACCUGGAGGAGAAGAUUGAGAUCGCCCAUCAGGAGAUCUGGAGUGAGCUGUUGGCUUCAAUAACAGAUGGAGACGGGUCAAUGACUGAGGAGGAUGAAGAUGAUAAGACUUGA